AUGGACCUCGAAACUCCCAUCGAUGAGUGUCUUUACCAUUCAGGCCCAGUUUCUCUCAAGCCCCUCCCUCCGCCAUCUGAACCCACCAGCCAGAUCAACUGGCCCCGGAUGAGUGAUAUCUUCCACUCCAAGCUUUCAAAGCAAGUUGUCAGGAGCAAUUUAAAUCAUGCGGCGAUCGCCCCAUCAGCCUCAGCGAUCGAAACACUUCAAAACUGGACAGCUAUUCUGAUGGUACUGUACUGGCGAAUGUUCCAGCAAUCCACGGUCUGGGCUGUCUUCUGUUACCUCCUCCACAAAGGAACGGUCGACCUGGAAUGUCUCUUCUUGCCUUUGGACUUUUUUGAGCUCUCACCAAAUACACACAUCAUUACCGACCUGCUCUUGUGCUUUCCGUCUAUCCAAGGUAUUUGCGAGCAGAGAGCUUCAGAUCGCGUACCUCUUCAGACAAGCCCAUGGCUUGCCGCCGUCAUCGCACGAAACGGAGCGAACAUCCCGGACAUUCCUCGGAACAAGCACGAUGCGGAAAAGGAGGCAGAGAAGGAUUACAAUUGUCAAGUGUUUGGUGUCUGGCUCCCUCACGGAAUCGGCGAAGACUACGAAUUGUGCCGCAAACGCUUGCAUGAACAUCUUACUCGCGCCAAAGAAAUCGCCGAUGCCUAUGAUCAGACACUUGGUGAACAGCAUCGUAUCAUACUGGUUCUUCUCGAGGAUGUCGAAGGAACGAUGGAUGUUGGCAAAAUCACUACAGGAGAAGUAUCCUGCAUUCUCCCUGUUAUCCAGAUUUUCCCAUACGCUGAAGACCUCGAGAUGAUGGCGAUAGAGGAUUCAGAUACAGAAAGUGAAGGUCAGAAGGACACCAUGCCAUCUGGUUUCUGGGACUAA